GGAACGUAUGAAGGUUCAGCUGACAUUUAUUCCACAGUCCAAACUAUGCCCCCUGUGGCAUUCUACAACAAUGCAAAUGGUGACACAGCUACUGAGAAUGUGCAAUAUGGAAUCAACAUUGAGGCUGAACAGCUGUCUUACACUGUUGAGAAGCUUGCACCUUUUACUGACUAUACAAUUAGUGUGUCUGCUUUUACAACCGUUGGAGAAGGACCACCAACAGAUAUAGUCAUAAGGACAAGUGAGCAAGUUCCAAGCUCGGUAAAUAACAUAAGUUAUUAUAACAUAAGUUCAACAUCAGUUAUGGUGUACUGGGACCCACCUAUGGAGCCCAAUGGGAUGAUAACCCACUAUACAGUCUAUGCAAUGGAUCUAUAUACAAGAGAGGCCUUUCACGUGAUAACCAGCAACACAAGC